GAAAUAAAGUUAAAUAAAUAAAUAAGUUUAAAAAUGCAAUGUUUAUAGACUUUUGCUUCUAGGCAAGAUGGCGUAGCAGAAUGGGUUUACCUUCCAGCCCAGACAAUAGCAACAACAACAAAACAAUACAGUGGUUCUCAAGACCUGGACAUUAGCAGCAACGGACUGUGGUCCCUGAGAGAAGGGAAAUCAAGGAGGUUUUUGUCAUAGCGCUUAUUGGAGAGACACAGAAGCGAGAAACUUCACCCUCUCAGGGUGUUCAUGUCACUGGAGAGCGAAGAGGACAUGGAGGCCAAGCUGUUUACUGCCAGGUCCCAGGUGUGUUUGACGUUACAGACACUGGUGACCUUCCAGGAUGUACUUGUGGACUUCAGCAGGGAGGAGUGGAAGUUGCUGGACACAGCACAGCAGCUCAUGUACAGAGAUGUGAUGCUGGAGAACUACAGGAACCUGCUCUCCUUGGGGCAUCGGCUUCCUAAGCCAGACAUGAUCCUCCAGUUGGAGAAAGCGGGUGAGCCCUGGCUAGUGGAGAGAAGAGCUCACCAUUUGACCUAUCCAGAUCUAGAGACUGCAAGUGAAUUUGAACCAUCGGUUUCCAGUAAGCACAUUACUAAAGACCAACAGCCCUUUGACAUUAAAAUGAAAGGAAUGGCAAGGGAUGAUCUCUGGUAUUUGUCAGUAGAAAAAGUGUGGGAAUGUGGAGAUGAGUCGGACAAGUACCAGGAAAACCAGGAGAGACAUUUGAGGGAAGUGGCAUCCACCCAAAAGAAAGUGCUUCCUCAGGAGAGCAUCUGUGAGAGCGGGAGCUGUCUUCUUCCUGCUCAGCUGCUAUGGAGGGACUAUUUCCAUAAAUGUGACUCCCAUUCUAAAAGUUUGAAACAUGACUUUAUUUUUAGGGGUCAUCAGGCAAGCCAUGUUAGUAACAGUGAGGAGUGUGAUCCAGCUUUUUAUCAGAACAUUCACCUUAUUCAGUUUGCAAGAACUCAUACAGGAGAUAAAUCUUACAAAUGUCCUGAUAGCAAGACCUCUCAUGGUACAUCUGUUGAUAUUUCAAAGGGCACACAUAGAGAAAAGUCUUACGAGUGUAAGGAAUGUGGGAAGUUCUUUAGCUGGCGCUCUAACCUCACCAGGCAUCAGCUUAUUCAUACUGGGGAGAAACCCUAUGAAUGUAAAGAAUGUGGAAAAUCUUUCAGCCGGAGUUCUCACCUCAUUGGACAUCAAAAGACUCAUACAGGUGAGGAACCCUAUGAAUGUAAGGAGUGUGGGAAGUCAUUCAGCUGGUUCUCUCACCUUGCAACCCAUCAGAGAACUCACACGGGAGACAAACUGUACACGUGUAAUCAGUGUGGGAAAUCUUUUGUCCAUAGCUCCAGGCUUAUUAGGCACCAGAGAACUCACACUGGAGAGAAGCCCUAUGAAUGUCCUGAGUGUGGAAAAUCUUUCAGGCAGAGCACACAUCUCAUCCUGCAUCAGAGAACUCACGUUAGAGUUAGGCCAUAUGAGUGUAAUGAGUGUGGGAAGUCUUAUAGCCAGAGGUCUCACCUUGUCGUACACCAUAGAAUUCACACUGGACUGAAACCUUUUGAAUGUAAAGAUUGUGGAAAGUGCUUUAGUCGAAGCUCUCACCUUUUCUCACAUCAGAGAACCCACACAGGGGAGAAACCAUAUGAAUGUCAUGAUUGUGGAAAAUCUUUCAGUCAGAGUUCUGCCCUUAUUGUGCAUCAGAGAAUUCAUACUGGAGAGAAGCCGUACGAAUGUUGUCAGUGUGGGAAAGCCUUUAUCCGGAAGAACGACCUCAUUAAGCACCAGAGAGUUCAUGUUGGAGAAGAGACCGAAACCUAUAAAUGUAAGCAGUGUGGCAUCAUCUUCAGCCAUAGCUCUCCAUACAUCGUACAUCAGAUUGGCCACACAGGAGAGCAGUUCCUAACAUGUACCCAGUGUGGGAAGACCUUCCAUUUUAAUUCACAGCUUGUUAUACAUCAGAAGAUUCGCACAGGUGAGACUCUCUAUGAAUGCUAUGAAUGUAAGAAAGUAUUUAGUAGGAAAAACCAGCUCAUUUCACACCAGAGAAUUCAUUCAGGAUGGAAACCCUAUGAAUGUAAUGAAUGUGGUAAAGCUUUUGGUUUAAAAUCACAGCUUUUUAUAUGUCAAAGACUUCAUACAGGAGAGAAACUAUAUGAAUGCAGUGAAUGUUGUAAAGCCUUUAAUACAAAGUCAAACUUUGUGGUCCAUCACAGAACACAUACAGAGGAGAAACCAUAUGAUUGUAGUGAAUGUGGAGUAGCCUUUACUUUCAAGUCACAGCUCAUUGUACAUCAGGGAGUUCACACUGGAGUAAAACCCUAUGGAUGCCAUCAGUGUGGAAAAACAUUCAGUAUGAAGUCACAGCUCGUGCAUCAGAGAAGUCACACGGGAGUAAAACCUUAUUGUUGCAGUGAGUGCGGGAAAGCCUUCAGGAGCAAGUCAUACCACAUUAUACACAUCAGGACUCACAGAGAGAAACCACAUGUAUGCAGUGGGAAAUCCUUCAGUUUCAACUCACAACUGAUUGUGCAUCAGAGAAUUCACACAGGAGAAAAUCCCUAUGAAUUCAGUGAAUGUGGGAAAGCCUUUAAUAGAAAAGACCAGCAAAGUCAUGCAGGGGAAAAACCUUAUGGUUGCAGUGAAUGUGGGAAAGCUUUUAGUAGCAAAUCAUACCUUACUAUACAUAUGAGAACUCACUCAAGAGAGAAACCAUUCUAAUGUAAUGAAUGUGGAACCUUCAUUUGGAAGUCACUACUCAUUGUACAUGAGCAAACUCAUGCAGGAGAAAACUCUUAUAAAUGCAGUCAAUGUGAGAAAUCCUUCAUUGGGAAAUUGUGGCUCAUUGUAUUGAGGAUGCACAUAAGAGAGAAACCUUAUGAAUGCAGUGAACGUGGGAAAACCUUCAUUAGGAAAUCACAGCUCAUUGUACACCAGAGAACUCAUUCAGGAGAGAAACCCUGUAGAUGCAAUGAAUGUGGAAAAGCCUUCCGUCAGAAGUCAAUUCUCAGUGCACAUCAGAGGACACAUACAGGAGAGAAACGCUGUAAAUGUACUCAGUGUGGGGAAUCCUUUUGCUGGAAGUCACAGCUCAUUAUGCAUCAGAGAAUUCAUGCAAAUGAGAAAUGUAUUGAUGAAUUAAAUAUAAGCAACUUUCAAAACUUCACAGCAGAUACGCACAAAAUCAUAUAGAAAAGAAACUCCUAGAUUGUCACAGUAUACACCAGAAAAUUUGUACUGAACAGAAACUCAAUGCAUGAGGUGUACAAGGGCAUCCAUAGUUGUUUAAGUACAAAAUUGUACGAAAUUUGCAGGAACCCUAGGAAUUUAGCAAACCCUAUGUAAGUUUGCAUUAGCAAAUCAUCUUUUUAUACACCUUAUGCCAGUGAAGAAUCAUGAAUGAAAUGAAUGAUACAAAGUCAUUAAUGUUGAACCAGCAGUUACCGUAAUAGCUAUGUUGUUGGACUCCCUUAUAGCUGACCGCAGUUCAAGUCCCA